GGCCGGGUCCCUGGCAGCUGAGGCUCGCGGGCUGAGUCAGAGGCGAAAGGCGUGGGACGGUUGCUCUGGUUACAGCCCGAGCGCCGCGGGAGGGAUGCCGGGGAGGACGCCGCGGGGAGCCUCCGCCGCCGUCCUCUGAGGGAAACUGGGCCGAGACCUGCAUUCAUCAGCGGGGAAACGAAGUCGCGCUCCGGCAGGUUAGGCGGCGGUUGCAUCGGGAGCUGCUGCGGGGGAGAAAGUACCGAGGGCACCUGCUGCUGUUGAGAGAGAACAAAUUCACAGCACGAUGAACCAACGUCAGAAUUGAAAACCCCGGCAACCACCACCAGGAGGGAAAAAAAAAAGCCAUCUUAAAAAGAAAGAAAGAGAGAAAGAAAAAUAAAUGGAUUGCUCGAAAGAGGAGAGCGUCUGUAUCGGGAGCUGUUGGAGCUUUUGAAAUACUGCUAAGUCCUGACUAUCCGCCUUCAGACACUUUUAUACUAACUGUAUGAUUUUAUAAACUAGCCGGCUUCGAACUGUGACCCGGCGACGGUGUUACCUGGAGGCGGGCGGGUUCCCGGUGCUCCUUUUGAAGACACAUUUUGGGGACGAUCUCCGACCAUCACAACCCUCCACGGGUGGAGGAAAAGAAAAAAGAGAAGGAACUCAGCGUCGACCGGUGCCACCAAAGGGGCCUUGGCACCAUGUGGACCUUCCUCGGCCUUGCCACUUUCACGUACUUCUACAAGAAGUGCGGGGACUUCGUCACGCUGGCCAACAAGGAGCUGCUGCUGUGCGUGCUGGUGUUCCUGUCGCUGGGCCUGGUGCUGUCCUACCGCUGCCGCUCCCGGAGCGCGGUGGCGCCGCCGCGGCGCGCGCCCAGCGGGCCCCAGCUCGCCGUGCUCUCCGGGGUGCUGUCGGCCCUGCCUUUCAUCGGCUUCUUCUGGGCGAACCCCGCGCCCGGGGCCGACAAUAAAGAGCCGCUCGGGCCCAGGAAGUGCAGAAAACGAAGCAGCAUUUCAGAAGGCACCUUACUAGGAGCAGCUGCCUCUACAUCGAUCUCUUCUCAAAAUGACCCAGAAGUGAUCAUCGUGGGGUCCGGGAUACUUGGCUCUGCUUUGGCCGCAGUGCUCUCCAGAGACGGGAGAAAGGUGACAGUGAUCGAGAGGGACUUACAGGAGCCUGACAGGAUAGUUGGAGAGUUUCUGCAGCCGGGUGGUUAUCAUGUGCUCAAAGACCUUGGUCUUGGAGAUACAGUGGAAGGUAUUGAUGCCCAGGUUAUAAACGGCUACAUAAUUCAUGAUCAGGAAAGCGAGGCAAAUGUUCAGAUUCCCUACCCUUUGUUAGAAAACAACCAAGUGCAGAGCGGAAGAGCAUUCCAUCACGGGAGAUUCAUCAUGAGUCUCCGGAAAGCAGCCAUGGCAGAGCCCAAUACAAAGUUUAUUGAGGGCAUUGUGCUGCAGUUGUUGGAAGAAGAUGACGCUGUGGUUGGAGUUCAGUACAGGGACAAAGAGACCGGAGACCUCAAGGAACUCCACGCUCCUUUGACUGUUGUUGCAGAUGGAAUUUUUUCCAAGUUCAGGAAAAACCUGAUCUCCAAUAAAGUUUCUGUUUCGUCUCAUUUUGUCGGCUUUCUGAUGGAGAAUGCACCACAAUUUAAAGCAAAUCAUGCUGAACUUCUUUUAGUUAAUCCAAGUCCAGUGCUCAUCUAUCAGAUUUCAUCUGAUAAAACCCGAGUACUUGUUGAUGUUCGAGGAGAUUUGCCAAGGAAUUUAAGAGAAUACAUGGUUGAAAAAAUUUACCCACAAUUACCUGAUCACUUGAAAGAACCAUUUCUAGAAGCGACUCAGAAUUCUCGUUUGAAGUCUAUGCCGGCAAGCUUCCUUCCUCCCUCACCGGUAAACAAACGAGGUGUUCUUCUUUUGGGAGACGCGUACAAUAUCAGGCAUCCCCUUACAGGAGGGGGGAUGAGCGUUGCUCUUAAAGAUAUAAAACUGUGGAGAAAAUUGCUAAAGGGAAUCCCUGACCUUUAUGAUGAUGCAGCUAUUUUCCAGGCCAAAAAAUCAUUCUAUUGGUCAAGAAAAAUGUCUCAUUCCUUUGUUGUGAAUGUCCUUGCUCAGGCUCUGUAUGAAUUAUUUUCUGCAACAGAUGAUUCUCUGCAUCAGCUGAGAAAAGCCUGUUUUUUAUACUUCAAACUGGGCGGAGAGUGUGUGGCUGGUCCCGUCGGGCUGCUCUCAAUACUGUCUCCUAACCCUCUAGUUUUGAUUGGACACUUCUUUGCCGUUGCAAUCUAUGCCUCAUACUUUUGUUUUAAGUCGGAGCCUUGGAUUACAAAACCCCGGGCCAUCUUCAGUAGCGGUGCUGUAUUGUACAAAGCGUGUUCUGUGAUAUUUCCUCUGAUUUACUCGGAAAUGAAGUACUUGGUUCAUUAAGUUUAAAGGGGAACCAUUCGUGAACGAGUAUUUGGAACUCACCAAGUCUAAGAGACUUUUUGAAGAGGAUUUAUGCAGCCUAGUACUACACCACUUGUGAAGUGGAAACUCUUGGACCAAGAUUGGGAUUAAUUUGUUUUUGGAGUUAUUUGUACAUAAACAUGUAAAUAUAUACUUUAAUUUUCAAUUUAAAAUGAGCGGUCAAGUAAGAUAGUUUAAAAGAAAUGACUGUUACCGUAAGUUAGUGCUACACCGGAGAGCAGCUCUGCACUCAGUGUCUGGAAUGAGUGGACGUGGGACACACCAAUAAAAGGAAGAAUGAGGCCUCCUGUC